GUGGAGGUGCCAUGGGCGUGGGUAGCGAUGGCAGCAUCGUAUUUACGGACUACAGUCCCAGCAAGUGCGAUGUAUACUGUAUAACAAAUGUCGAACAACAGCCAGUAAAAGUGUCACCGGGUAAGUGUUUGGCUUAACAGUGCUUUCAAAGUGAUGGCAUGCUCCAGUUACCAAUUUGCCGACACAUACACACUUGUUCAAUAGACAACCCAGCGCACCGAUUCGCAAGUUUCCAACCCCACCCUACGCACCCACACCUCGUCCUAUGUAUCCUUGAAGACCGCACGGUUGAUACGCCAUCCACAAUCGUCAACAGCCUCGUACUUCUCGAUACGUCCACGUCCAAAGUGCAACAGCUCGUCUCUGGCGCCGACUUUUACGCGUUCCCAAGCUUCAAUCCAGCUGGUGACAAAAUUGCUUGGGUCCAAUGGAAUCACCCCAGCAUGCCAUUUUGGAGCACGGAGAUCAGAGUCGCAAGCUUCGACGUGCAGGCCAGACAUAUUGUCGGGGAGGUCGCUGGGAUCGCGAAAGGCCUCGCACAGAAAGGAAGUGAUGACGGCGAAGUCAUGCAGCAACCAAAAUGGAUGCCGUUGUUCGGUGAAACGGUUCCUGCUGCCUCUCCAGAAACCCUCUACUUCACCUCCGACCGUACAGGCUUUGGGAAAAUAUACUCGGUCAGAAUCCAAUAUGCUAGCAAAUCAACGCGACUAAGCAUUACGGAACCAGAGCUUGUGGCGCAUGGCUCGACUUUGAAGAAAGGCGACAUGCAACAGCCUGCAUGGUCUCUGGGGACAUCGACGUAUACAAUUCUCUCGACCGAGACAAUCGCUGUCAUCAUUACCCGUGGAGGCCACAGCGUGCUGGGGCUCAUCGACCUACCUAGCAAGAGCUCCCUAGUGGUUGAUUCGGCGUUCGCGACACUGAGCAGUAUUUGUGCCACAUCUGCGUCUUCCAUCGUUGUCAACGCCUGUUGGCAUGAUAAACCCGGUGCGCUUGUGGCCGUAGACUUGAAAGCUGCGAUCAGUGCGCUCAAGAAGGGCAGUGAAUGCUUUAAACUGGCGGAGCAUGACAUCCAUGUCAUCAGACGCACGAGCAACAUCGUUCAAGACGGUGUCGUUGGCAAGGAAUGGUUCACAACAUCCGAGGAAAUUGAGUUUCCUACUACCUUGCCCAAUGGCAAAGUGGCAACUGCUCAUGCGGUCAUCUUCCCGCCUCACAGUCCUGAUUUCGAAGCACCGCCAGGAACGUCGCCGCCAUGCCGCAUCGCUGUCCAUGGAGGACCGACAGGCGCGGCUCAAGCGGGCCUCAAUCUGGACAUCGCUUUCUGGACAUCUCGAGGCUGGAUGGUCUGCUAUGUUAACUAUGGUGGCAGCACUGGUUACGGUCGGGAUUACAUGAACAGGCUCACGGGCCAAUGGGGUGUGGUGGAUGUCGAGGACUGCGUUGCAGCCGCCAAGUACCUCGGCUCAGCGUCAAGCGGACUCGAUGCAGCGACAGGAGCAGCCACUUCGUCACAGAAGGUUCCAAAUCGCGAAGCGAUCUACGAAGCACCUACGGCCAAGGCUCAGCUCGAGUGUUUCGAGACGAAAGCAUUGCCCGACGGCAGCGUCGAAGUCAGCCUACGGAAUCACAAGCGUGACUGGGGCAUCUUCAGCAUCAUCAGUGGACUGAGCGCAAUUGCGCUCGGCGCAUCAGCUGCAAUGCUACUCUUCCGCGACACCUGCUCAUCCGUCGGUCGGCGGAUGGCUCAAGGAGCAUUCUCACUCGCAACGGUGAUUGCGGUGAUCAAGGCACGUAAGGUGCAAAAGGAGGUCGUCAAAGCCAUUCCGGGCCUCGGCCUGCAGCGCGAAACAUGGCGUGGGCUCCGAUGGCCAUGGGCAGAUCGUGCGGAUGCUGCAUUUCGUGUCACCGCGGUCAGCUUGUCGUUCACACCUCGUGAUCGCAUGGUGGAUCUGGUCGUCAACGAGGCGCUAAAGGGCUGGUCCGUACAUACCUAUGUCGCGGCUAUCCUCAAGACAGGCAAACUCGUGCCUCUCUUCCCAAAUUUGCAACCACGUCUGCCGCUGGUCAAACGCAUCUACCAAGCCGUCUAUCCGGCGCUGUUCCCUUCUGCCUCGCAAGGGCCAGGGAUGAAGAGCGGCACAUCAUUCAUACCGCGAGCUGAUACAAAGAAAAUUGUCAUUAGCGGCAGCAGUUCGGGGGGCUACACAGUUCUCGCUGCUCUAUGUCUUCAUCCAGAGGUAUUUUCGGCCGGAACAUCGCGCUACGGCAUCUCUGAAUUGACCGCACUCGCGCACGACAGCCAUAAGUUCGAGAGCCGGUAUUUGCUGGGCCUGCUGGGAGGCUCGCCAGAGGAGGUCCCGCAGAUCUACCACGAUCGAUCACCGCUGUACAUGGCCGACCGGAUCCGCGCACCGGUGCUUGUACUGCAAGGCGAUCUAGACAAGGUGGUUCCGCCUAAUCAGAGCGAGGAGAUCGUCAAGACGAUGGAAAAGAACAAGUGCAAGGUCAAAUACAUCCUCUUUGAGGGGGAAGGGCACGGCUUCCGCCAGGCAGAGAACCAGAAGAGAGCAUUGGUAGAAGAGCUUAAGUGGUACGAAGACAUGCUGGGGAUCAAGUAAAUCAAUGAACAGAUGCGGUUCAAUUGUCAUUACGAAGCUAAAAAAUCCAAG